AUGACCAGGGGUGCUUGGAUGUGUCGGCAGUAUGACGACGGCUUAAAAAUCUGGUUGGCAGCACCCCGGGAGAACGAGAAACCGUUCAUCGAUUCAGAGCGGGCUCAGAAAUGGCGACUGUCUCUGGCCUCUCUCUUGUUUUUCACAGUCCUGCUCUCUGAUCACUUGUGGUUUUGCGCCGAGGCCAAGCUGACCCGGACCCGGGACAAAGAGCAUCACCAACAGCAGCAGCAACAGCAACAGCAGCAACAGCAACAGCAGCAGCAACAGCAGCAGCAGCAGCAGCAACAGCAGCAGCAGCAGCGGCAGCAGCAGCGACAGCGGCAGCAGCAGAGGCAGCGGCAGCAGGAACCCUCCUGGCCCGCGCUCCUGGCCAGCAUGGGGGAGUCCUCGCCCGCCGCCCAGGCACACAGACUCCUCUCCGCCUCCUCGUCCCCCACCCUGCCCCCCUCCCCGGGAGGCGGCGGCGGCGGCAGCAAGGGCAACCGAGGCAAGAACAACCGGAGCAGGGCUCUUUUUCUAGGAAACUCUGCCAAGCCGGUGUGGCGCCUGGAGACUUGUUACCCUCAGGGCGCCUCCUCCGGCCAGUGCUUCACCGUGGAGAGCGCGGAGUCGGUGUGCGCCAGGAACUGGAGUCGGGGGGCGGCCGCGGGGGAGGAGCAGUCGUCCAGGGGCUCUCGGCCAACUCCGUUGUGGAACUUGUCGGAUUUUUACCUUUCGUUUUGUAAUUCCUACACACUUUGGGAGUUGUUCUCGGGGCUGUCCAGCCCCAGCACUUUGAACUGCAGUUUGGACGUGGUGCUCACGGAGGGCGGUGAGAUGACCACGUGUAGACAGUGCAUCGAAGCUUACCAGGACUACGACCACCACGCGCAGGAGAAGUACGAAGAGUUUGAAAGUGUGCUGCAUAAGUACUUACAGUCGGAUGAGUACUCGGUGAAGUCAUGUCCUGAGGACUGCAAGAUUGUCUACAAAGCCUGGCUCUGCUCCCAGUAUUUUGAAGUCACACAGUUUAACUGCAGAAAGACAAUUCCAUGCAAGCAAUAUUGUUUGGAGGUGCAGACCAGGUGUCCGUUCAUAUUGCCGGACAAUGACGAAGUCAUCUACGGAGGCCUCUCCAGCUUCAUCUGCACAGGGCUCUACGAAACCUUCCUAACCAAUGAUGAACCCGAAUGCUGUGACAUCAGGAGCGAGGAGCAAUCUGCACCCCCACCCAAAGGGACCGUGAACAGAAGAGACUCCUGUGCCAGGAGGUCGCUCACAGUGUCCUCGGCCACCAGACUGUGCCCCGCCCGGCUCAAGCUGUGUGUUCUCGUCCUCAUCCUCCUUCACACAGUGCUCACGGCCUCCGCAGCGCAGAACUCCACGGGGCUGGGCCUGGGCGGCCUCCCCACGCUGGAGGACAACUCCACCCGGGAGGACUGAGCGCAGCCGGGGCACACACGGGGCGCGAGCGCACGGCGCAGAGCGCAGGGCUGGACAGGUGCACGCUUUUGCGCGCAGAGCAUUGAUGACCUACCCGGGAUGUGCACCCGCUGCUGCCCGGGGAACUGAACCCACCCGGGUGCUUUACCCUCGGACUUCCCGCAAGACCUGUGGGUAACAUUCAACAAGAUGGGCCCGAUUCCCAACAAGGACACAGCUGCAGCUUUUUAUCGACUAAGAGGCUGCCAGUGACUCAGUUUCUCACACCAUUUUAUACACUGUGUUUUAACGUUUGGAGGUUUUUAUUUUGUUGUUGUUGUUGUUGUUUCUUUUUCUUCUUUCUUUUCUUUCUCUUCGGUUUGAAUUUAUUUUCCGUUUAUUUGAUUUUAUUUCAUUUUUCUGCACUUGUUAAUGCAGGAUUUCUUUGUGGGUGAACUUAAGUCUCUCCACUGUCUCUCUAUUUCUAGUCAUUGUGUGUCCAUCAGUACUUCUGUCUACGUCCUGUCAGUUUCUAAUAGAGGAAUGACCGCUAUAACCUCACGGUGUAGCAAAAAAAUAAAAAACAAAAACAAAAAAACAUAAAACAAAAACAAACAAAAAAACAACAAAAAAGAAUUAAAAAUCAACAAAAAAAAGAUAAAAAAAGAAAACAAAAAAUAAAAAAAUUCCCUAAGCCUCCUUCCAACCCAUGGACGCCACGCCCUGCAGGCCCUGCUGGCCCUCGCCUUCUGUCCCCAAGCAGACAACAUCCGCUUGCUUCUGUCUGUGUCUCGCAUGGUGGGUGUGUGUCUCGCACAAGCCGAGCAGAGGGAGCCAGGGCCUAGCGGUCCCUCUGGAUGAUCCAAUAGUGCAUUCAGAGAGUCAGGCAGCUCACAGGUUUUAUGUGGGGGAAAAAAAAAUCACACUAACAGAGUGAAACACGCUCCGUGAACCGAGUGGCUCCCGUGCCCAUCCUCAGUUCUUUCUUCCUGGCGGGGCAGACAGGAGCGGUCCCAUGGUCCACGGCCCACGGCCCACGGCUCAUGGCCAGCAAGUAGCCCCUCCUUGAACACAGGGCGCUUGCCUCCAGCUGAUGGGAGCAGAGACCAAGAACACAAAUCCAGACUUCUGUUCCUCCUUUAUCGUGGUGGAAGGGAUCUAGUAUACAGAAUAUGUACCAUUUUAUCCCAAUAUCGCCCUACACAGGGUUCCAGUUUCCUCCAGGUAUAAAAUGUAUACAGCGUUGCAUUAUCACAGAGGAAACUCUCCUUUUGAAAACAAUCAACCGAUCAGCCAUUUUUACUAUCAUGCGAAGCGU